AUGACGGGAAGAAGCUCCUCUUUGUUUAUUCUUGUGAUUGGUGCAACCUUGUUCUUUAGCCUUGCCUGUCAGGAUGAAGACACGUUUAUGGAAAGUGUGAAAACAGAGGAGGUUGAAAAGCCCAGGCUACCUCACUUUAUCUUCAUUAUGUUGGACGACCAGGGCUAUGGAGACAUUGGUUACCACGGCUCAGACAUCCACACUCCAGUACUGGACCAGCUGGCAGCAGAGGGGGUUAAACUGGAAAAUUAUUAUGUCCAACCUAUCUGCUCACCUUCUCGCAGUCAACUCAUGACAGGGCGCUACCAAAUUCACACUGGACUCCAGCAUUCAAUCAUCCGCCCACGUCAACCGCUGUGCCUGCCCCCUGAUAUUCCCACCCUGCCAGAGCGUCUGGCUGAAGCCGGAUACGCCACACAGGUGGGUAAGUGGCACCUGGGCUUCUGCAGGCCAAGCUGCUUGCCAACAGGAUGUGGCUUUCAGAGUUUCCUGGGCACAUUGACUGGCAGUGGAGAUCAUUUCUCCUAUCAGAGAUGUGACGGGGCAGAAGCUUGUGGAUUUGACCUGCAUGAUGGAGACAGGCCUGCCUGGGAGAUGGCUGGGAACUACUCCACUCUCUUCUACAUAGACAGAGUGAAGCAGAUCUUGAAGAGACACGACCCACAUACACCACUCUUCCUCUAUCUCUCCCUUCAGGCCGCCCAUACGCCGUAGGAGGUACCAGACCAUUUUCUUCACCUUUAUGAUUCCCAGUGCAAUCGUCUCAGGCGUCAUUAUGCAGCCAUGCUGAGCUGCCUGGACAGCAGGGUUGCACAAGUGGUCCAGGAACUAAAGACUCAAGUGCUCUAUGAAAACUCUGUACUCAUCUACUCUUCUGAUAACGGUGGGCAGCCACUCUCGGGGGGAAGCAACUGGCCACUGAGAGGUGGCAAAGGAACCUACUGGGAAGGGGGUAUUGGGCUGUGGAAAGGUAUAGUAAGCAGAGCACUGAUUCAUGUCUCUGACUGGUAUCCUACUUUACUGGGGCUUGCUGGAGCCCGGCAGUCCCACCAUGGCCUUGAUGGUCAUGAUGUUUGGGGAAGCAUCAGUGAAGGUCUUCCCUGUCCUCGCACUGAAAUUCUUUUCAACAUUGACCCAGUUUCUAGGAAAGCUGGGGAACCAUAUGACAAGGCAUUGAUACUCAAUGGCUUUGGGAUCUGGGACACAGCCGUGAGCAGCAUUGAGGCUGGUGACUGGAAGUUGUUGACAGGAAAUGUGGGUGAUGGGGACUAGAUACCACCACAAGCACUUCCUGGUGGUCCAGAACGUUGGAAGAAACUUGAGAAGAGACGCAAUGAGCUGGGGAAGUCAGUGUGGCUUUUUAAUGUCAGUGCAGACCCUUACGAGAGGUAUGAUUUGGCAGAAGCUCAUCCAGAGGUAGUAAAACAUCUCCUGACCAGGCUGGCAGAGUACAACCAGACAACUGUGAUGGCCAGGAAUCCACCAGAUGAUCCAAUGGCUGACCCAGAGCUCCAUGGAGGGGCAUGGAGCCCCUGGCUGGGCCUGGAAGGGGAUAAUGAAAAGGAGGAGAGCAGGAAAGAAAAGAUGAUAAAGAUUAGGCACUGCAAAUUAUGUAAGUUAAAAGCCCUCUUCAAAAAGGUGGGAUCAUGCCUGCAGAGGAAGGCCUCAUUCUAA